UAUUUACUUCUUCUUUUGAGCUCAGACAGUUGCAUAUUCAACAGAUUUGUCAAAACAUAACACUCUUUAGCGUCAUAUUUUACAAUAUAUUGUAGUUUCCUUGGUACAAAUUAUCUCGUAUGAUGAAGACGACCUCUACCCUAAUUCCAAUUUGACACAUCCAAUACUAGGAGUUCGCUACAAAGUCAAACACCGAAAGGAGUAUAGAAAUAUGAUGAACAAUAUUGAAAAUAUGAAAUCGAGGCUCCCCGAUUACAUCCUCACACCUGCGAAAAAAGAUCCAUGCGCAUUGGAUUUAAAAGCUGGUGAAAUCCGUAUACUUGCAGGUGUCUUUGGUCACGGAGCUAAUUAUAACUUCGUUCGCUCUAAUCGCUGCGGUAUGCUCAAGCGGCGGAAGUGGAAAAAGUAUUUGGAAUAUUUUAAGAACGAAGAUUGCCUCAGAGAAGAUGAAGAAUACUUUAGUUAUGAAUAG